UUUAAUUUUUUUUUUCAUAAAACUGUUACGAGAAUCUGGUGUUUUGAUAUCUAAGAUCUAAACGUGUUUUGUCACGAUGAGGUAUUGUUUGGUUAAUUCGAGAUGUAGUUUCCUACUGUUUCUAAUGUUUAUAAGCGCAUCUGUCUUUCCUUCUAUUCUUUGUGCAAGAAGCGAUAAAGAUGAAUACGAUUAUAUGGAGGAUUUGGAAGAUGAUAUAACUUUAUAUUGGACAGUAGACCGAGAUGAAAUAACAUUCCAGAUAUCGGCGCCCACCACAGGAUGGAUUGGGUUUGGUUUUGCUGAAUCAGGAACAAUGGUGAAUGCUGAUGUCAUUAUGAUGGGAGUGAAAAGUAAUAGAGAAUACGUUUUGGAUGGAUAUGCAUCAAGAAAUGGAAUACCAUCACGAGAUUCCGAACAAAAUGUUGAAAUAUUGGAUUGGAGGGAAGAUGACGGAAGGACGACUAUCACUUUCAUGAGAGAACUUGAAACUUACGACGUUGAUGAUACUGAUAUUGAGGAAGGUUUACUCAGAGUUAUAUGGGCAUAUGGUGAAAAUGAUAUAGAUGACAAACUAUCUUUUCAAGAUUAUCACAAAGGAAACAGCGGUUCAAUGCGCUUAGAAUUGAUACCUCCUGAUGAUGACGAUGAUGAUCGGAGAAGUGAAGGUGAUGACGAUGACGAUCGGAGAAAUGAAGAUGAUGACGAUGACGAUCGGCGAAAUGAAGAUGAUGACGACGACGACGAAGAUCGUAAGAGAAAUCGUAAUAAGAAUCGCAAUAAUAAUCGAAGUCGUUAUGAAGAUGAUGAUGAUGAUGACGACGACGAAGAUGACCGAAAAAGAAAUCGAGAGAAAAAUAGAGAUCGUCAAAGUAGACGUAAUAGAGAACGAGAUAGAGAUGAUGACGAUGACGAGAGAGAAGAAUAUGAGGAGAGUCCAACGGGGAAGGGUGAUGAGUACUUGGAUUGGGAAGAUACCGUUUACCUGGAAUGGAUUUACGACGAAGAAACAAUCUCAUUUAAGUUGACUGCUCCGACUAAAGGAUGGAUGGGGUUUGGAAUAUCAAGAACAAAAGACAUGACAAGAUCAGACAUUAUUAUAAUCGGAGUUGCAGAUGGGCAAGGAUACACCAUAGAUGCGCAUUCUUCCAAGAAUGGUGUGCCCGAAAUCGACAAAAACCAAGAUGUCAAGUUAAUGACAGCAUACCAAAAUUCUACCCACACAUCGAUUUCAUUCCAAAGACCAAAAAAGACAUCAGAUGACAUUGAGAUUACGAAAGGGUAUCACAACGUAAUUUGGGCGUAUGGAGAAAAUGAUCUUUAUGCUUUGCCUUCGGGAAAAGAUUAUCAUGGAAGAAAAAACAGAGGUUCGACUAGAAUCGAGUUUAUAAGAAACAUAUUGGACUGGGACAAAAAAUUAGAACAAAGUGACGACAGCAGUUACAGUGAGAGAUCACACAGAGGGAGGGAUGAUAAAUACGCCGAUCAUAAAAGUCAGUUAUUCAGAUUAAAUCUCCCAUUACAUGAGACUUUGGAUAAAGAAAAGGGCGUUGUACUUCAAUGGGCGUAUGACAAAACUCAUAUUAUAUGGAAGCUUUCAGUACCAACACUUGGAUGGAUUGGUCUUGGAUUGUCUGAUCGCGAUUCUAUGGUCGAUGCCGAUAUCAUUAUGAUGGGUGUAAAAGAUGACGGUCGUCCAUACGUUUUAGAUGCUCAUGCUCUUGCGAACGAAGUUCCAAAACGAGAUCAAUCUCAGCAAAUUGUUUUACUUCAAGCUACACAAAAUGAUUCUCACACAACGAUGAUCAUAGCGAGGGCAAGAAAUACUAGAGAUAUUGACGACAAACCCAUAGAGAACAGGGAAAUUUAUGUUUUGUGGGCAUCAAGUCGGUUUGAUUUAGAUGAUGAACCGACAAAGGCGGAUUAUCAUUUUCGCGAAAAAGGAUAUAAAAAAUUGAAUUUUAUUCGGCCAAUACCAGAGGAAGAACUUGUUGAAUUAGAACCCCCUGAAGAAGAUGAAGAUAUAGACCGUGAUGACGAUGAUGAUGAUGAUGAUGACAACUUUGAUGAUCGAAACCGCCAAGUAGAUUCUCCAAAACGUAGAUCUUCGCCUCGUACAUCUACGCCAGAUCGAGACAGCGAUUCUCGAAAACCAACAUCAGUAUAUUUGGAUGAAAACGAACGAGUUCUGCUUAGAUGGAAUCACGAUGGAGAUUCUAUUGUUUUAGCGAUUGCUGCACCAACUCAAGGUUGGGUCGGCAUCGGAUUCUCACCUGACGGCACCAUGAAAAAUGCAGAUAUGAUAAUAACUGGUGUAAAGCGAUCUAAACCAUAUGCCCAGGAUACACAUGCCACAGAGAAUGGACCUCCUAUUGUAGAUGAUACUCAGGACGUGCAAAUUUUACACGGAAUAGAAAACAGCACCUAUACAGCAAUUGCCUUCAAAAGAGCUCACGAUACAUUUGAUUCAGAUGAUUACAUUAUUCAGGGAGGAAGCAUCAAUGUCAUUUGGGCGUUUGGUGACGAUGAUCUUGAUGAUGAACCGGACUCAAGUUUCUAUCAUUCUUCAGAUAGAGGAUCAAAAAAGGUCGUCUUGCGUCCGAAUGCUCCUGUUCCGGAAAGUGAAGAGAAUGAUAUUGAUGAUGAAGAAGCUGAUAGAAAUCAAGACGACAACAGAUCUAGUAAUGGAAGAGAUGAUCCAAAAUCGAGUUCUGAAUAUCUAGAUCAUGACGAAACGGUUAAAUUAGAAUGGAGCUUGAAGGAUGAAUCAAUUAUAUUCAAGCUUUCAGCGCCGACAACAGGAUGGAUUGGCUUAGGUUUUUCACGGACUCGUACAAUGAAAGAUGCGGAUCUCAUCAUAGUUGGUGUUGCAAGAGAUGGCGAACCAUACGUAUUUGACACUUUCGCUGAUGAGAACGGAGUUCCCGAAGAAGAUCGAUAUCAAGACGUGAAGAUUCUACGCUCUUCAGAAUCUCGGGGUGAAACUGUUAUCGUUUUCCAACGAGAGAUCGAUACCAUGGACUCCUAUGAUAAUAAGAUUCCGGAAGGAAGACUUAACGUGCUUUGGGCGUAUGGGGAUGAUGACAUUGGAUCAGAUAUUAGAAGUUCAGAUCAUCAUGGAAGGAACAGAGGAAUAAAAGUAAUGUCAUUCAUACCCGGAGAAAACGAUGAUUUCAUUGAAGACGUUGAGCCAACAAGAACUUCAAUAACAACUACAACAAACCGGGCAGUGGAGCCAACGCCUGUCACAUUCAACGAGGAUACAACAGCAGAACCUCAAUCAAAUGAUUCCGAUGAUCCCAUCAGAGUAUUUCUAGAUAGCGAUGAAACGUUUGAACUACUUUGGACUAUUGAAGAUGAAAAUAUAAUUCUUCAGGUAAAAGCACCUACGUUAGGUUGGAUAGGAAUUGCAAUUUCGGAAGACGAACAAAGGACAGGAGGAGAUUUCAUGAUAGGUGGUACCGAUGGUGGGGAAGCAUACGUAUAUGAUACAUAUGACAAUGCUGGUAUUCAAACGCUUGAUAAAAUUCAAGAUGUUAGUUUGAUGGUUUCAUUUGAGAGAGGAGAUGCAACGACAGUCGUGUUCAAAAGAUCUUUAGAUACAAGAGAUGAUGAUGAUCAACCUGUUCGAGAAGGCAAAAUGUAUAUUGUCUGGGCAUACGGAACAAAAGAUAUGGUACAAGAAGACAUUGCUACGUUUGAUUACGCUAAAAUAGGAUCAAAACAAUUGGUGCUUAUACCAGGAACUGAAGAUGAAGAGCCCCGAGACAUCAGCGAACUCGAAAGAAUUGCAUUUGCCACAACUUCGUUUCCCGAAGAUGAAGACGAAUUUACAGAGAGUUCUUGGCGAGAAGAAACUACAACACCCGAGCCUACAACCACUACGGAGGCGCCACCAAAUUUUGAUGAAUCGCCUGUCAUAUAUCUAGAUAAUGGCAAAGAAGUUGAACUACAAUGGGUCAUUGAAAGAGAAGUAGCAGCUUUUAAGGUUGUCGCGCCUACGAUUGGAUGGAUUGGCGUUGGAUUAUCAUUCGAUGGUACUAUGAAGUCUGCUGAUAUGAUUAUAGCUGGAAUAGAUGAUGAAAGACAAUACAUUUAUGACACCCAUUCUGACAUAAACGGAGUUCCUGACGUCGACGAUCAUUUCCAAGAUGCCGAAUUAAUUGAAGCAUAUGAAGUUGAAGACAAGACUACCAUUAUAUUUAAAAGGAAAUUGAACACGAGAGAUUUAGAUGACAACAAAAUUAGAGCUGGAGAAGUUAAUAUUAUCUGGGCUUACGGAAAGCGAGAUAUACAGGACAAACCAAAAAGAACUGAUUAUCAUUCUAACAACAGAGGAUCAAAGAUAUUGGAACUCAUUCCACUUAUUGAAGAAACUACAUUGUCAACUACGACAACAAGAAUAGCAAGAACAAGAACAACAACCGAACAAACAACAACACCAUUUGAUCCAUCAGUGUCCCAACUUGUAACUCUUGAUGAUGCAGGAGAGGUCACGUUUCUGUGGUAUUUAGAGGGAAGAACCCUGGUGAUACAGAUCGAAGCUCCUACUUUAGGUUGGGUGGGAUUUGGAUUUUCUUCAGAUGGUCGAAAACCUGGAUCCGAUUUCAUUAUUGGAGGAGUUAAUGGCGCCGAAGAAUACUUGUUUGACUCCCAUAUGGACGAAUCUGGUAUACCGAUAUUAGAUGAAUCGCAAGAUCCGUUUCUACUCAUUGUCUCUGAAAAUCAAACGCACACAACUUUGGUUGUUGAAAAAAGCCUCGUAUCACGUGAUAUAUCUGAUGCAUCAAUAAAAGAACAAAUGAACAUUAUAUGGGCAUACGGAGAAAAAGAUAUCUCAAGUCUUUCAGAAUACAAAUCACCAACGCGAGAAGGAAUGAAGACAAUAGUACUGCUUCCUGGAUACAAAGAUCCAACUGAAGGACGUCGGACGACAGUGGCAACGACGACAGAAGAGCCUUAUGAUGACGUCACAACAGCAAUACCUGACAUAGAAGAGGAAGAACAGCCCAAAACUCGACCUCAACCAACUGUCAUAUUUUUUGAUGAAGCCGAAACAGCAGUAAUGAGAUGGAUUGUCGAUGAUGCAAUUACUUCUCAGAUUAUUGUUCCACAAACUGAUUGGCUUGGAAUUGGAUUCGUAUCAAGAAAAUCAAUAGACAAAGUUGAUUUUAUAGUGGCAGGAGUAUCAUAUGUUUACGAUUGUCAUAUUGUUGGAAACUCAGUUCAACUUGACAAGUCUCAAAAUGUAGAGUUAAUAGUUUCUAAUACACUGAAUGGAAAAACAACAAUUGUUAUAAAAAGACUAUUGCAAACAAAUGAUGAACACGACGUUGAUAUAAUGCCGGGUACAACUGAUGUAUUAUGGGUGUUAGGAAGUGGAGACAUGUCUGACGGAUUCGACGCUUCAAAAAUUAAUCUUAAAAUGAUUGAAUCAAUAAAAGUAAAACUCGUUCCGGGUGAAGAUAUUGAAGAUGAAGAAACCACCACACCUAAGCCAAGAGCAACAGAGCCUAUCACAACUGUUCCAGAAACAACUUUGGCCGAGACUACUGAACCAACAGUUUCCACAACCACGACAUCACCCACAGAGGAUACAACAAAGGCAAAACGUCGGACGACAGUGAUAACGACGACGGAAGAGCCAUAUAAUGACGUCACAACAGCAGUAUCUGACAUAGAAGAGGAAGAACAGCCUAAAGCUCGAUCUCAACCAACUGUUAUAUUUUUUGAUGAAGCUGAAACAGCACUAAUGAGAUGGAUUGUCGAUGAUGCAAUUACCUCUCAGAUAAUUGUUCCGCAAACUGAUUGGAUUGGAAUUGGAUUCGUAUCAAGGAAAUCAAUUGACAGAGCUGAUUUUAUAGUGGCAGGAGUAUCCUAUGUUUAUGAUUGUCAUAUUGUUGGAAACUCUAUUCAACUUGACAAGUCUCAAAAUGUAGAGUUAAUAGUUUCCAAUACACUGAAUGGGAAAAUAACAAUUGUUAUAAAAAGACUAUUGCAAACAAAAGAUGAACACGACGUUGAUAUAAUGCCGGGUACAACUGAUGUACUAUGGGUGUUAGGAAGUGGAGACAUGUCUGACGGAUUCGAUGCUUCGAAAAUUAAUCUUAAAAUGAUUGAAUCAAUAAAAGUAAAACUCGUUCCGGGUGAAGAUAUUGAUGAGGAAACCACACCUCAGCCAAGAGUAUCAGAGCCUAUCACAACCGUUUCAGAAACAACGUUGGCCGAGACUACUGAACCAACAUUUCCCACAACCACGACAUCACCCACAGAGGAUACAACAAAGACGGUCAGACAAGUUAUUAUUCCUCCAACGUCGCAAGCAACAGUUCAAUAUACCGACACUGUAGAUAUAGUAAUUACUGAUGUCCCCACAGAAAAACCUACUCCAACACAAUUUGUAAAUACUGCCCCAUGGACUGAAGAGAGUCUGCAAGAUACUACCAACUCGGUAGAACAAGACGAAGAUAGCGACGCCACUUUGGUAUUCUUAAACGAGGAUGUCAGUUUGCAAUGGAGUAUCAAUGGAAAUAAUAUAGUAAUGCAGGUUGUUGCACCAACUCUUGGAUGGGUGGGUAUUGGAUUCUCUAAGGACGGGACCAUGACUGGAGCUGACAUGAUGAUUGGUGGUAUAGAUAGCGGUUCUCAAUAUGUUUAUGAUACUUUUGCUGAAGUCAACGGCGUUCCAAAAGUUGAUGCCUUUGAAGAUGUUGUAUUACUGGUUGCAUAUGAGAAUUCUACUCAUACUACACUUGUAUUUUCAAGAAGCUUGAAUACAGAAGAUCCAGAAGAUGCCAUUAUUAAGGGUGGAAUGACAAACGUAAUAUGGGCUUUUGGAAAAAACGACAUGACUGAUAUUCCAAGAAGAACUGACUAUCAUUUUGAAAACAAAGGUAGUAAACUAAUCAAGCUUUAUCCUGAUCAAAUUGAACAUGUGGAUUCGAAAAAAGAAAUUAAAACUGGACGAUCUGAAAGUACAAUUCAGGCAGCCAAUACACUUGAAUCAACACAACAAUUGUUUAGAUUAAAACCCGUACCUCCCAAGUCAGUUUCUCUAGAUAACGGCACCGUUCAUUUACAAUGGAGUGCUGACGAGAACGAAAUUAUAAUGCAGGUUGUUGCUCCUACACUGGGCUGGGUUGGGUUCGGCUUCUCAAUGGAUGAAUCAAUGAAAGGAGCCGAUCUAAUAAUAGCAGGCAUCAUUGCUGGUGAAACAGAAUAUAUUUACGACACACAUGCAGAUGAAAAUGGAAUUCCUGAAAUCGACAAACAUCAAGAUGGUAUAUUGUUAGUUGCAUAUGAAAAUGCAACACAUACUACAAUUGCUGUGAAAAGAAAUUUGACCGCGUACGAUACCGAAGAUAUUUCUAUAAAGGAAGGAGAAAUGUAUGUUAUAUGGGCGUACAGUGAUCAUGAUUUGACAAAAGUACCAACGUUGCCAGAUUACAAAUUCAAACGAAGCGGUUCGAAAGCUGUAGAACUAUGUCCAAAAUCAGAGCAUGAUGAUUCAAAUACAACUGCAAACAGUGCAGAUGGAACGCUCUUCACCCAAACAGCCAAAAUGCACGGAAAAAUAAUCAUACUACCUCGAGGAUUACUACGACCGCCUAGCUCUCCGUCAACACAACUUCCUUCUUAUGCGAAUAUAUCAUCACUGGAAAUAAAUAAGACAAGUGUUGAAACAAAAAAUGUUACUCAAAUACCAAAUAUUAAAUCUGUCGAUCGAGGACUCAAUAACUCCACCGCGUCUGGGCAGUACAGAGCUAUCUCGAGCACUCCUGCGUCCCAUGGUACUUUCAACUCGACUCCUACAAUACACAAAAUGCAAUCGUUGAACAUCGAUACCACUACGACAAAUACAAAAGAAAACUCUUCCAUUAGUCAAAGCUAUGUAAAACAGAAACAAAAUGUCUUUACGAAAGUUUUUGAACUUCCGAAUAUGAUGUGGUUGGACAAAAAUAGAACUGUUUCAUUGAAAUGGAUCACAGAUAAAAAGAAUCUAAUCUUACAGAUGUCAGCACCCACUACUGGUUGGAUUGGUAUCGGUUUUUCUCCCUAUGGUACGAUGGCCAAAUCUGAUAUGGUUGUUACUGGAGUAUCGAAAAAUAAAGUUUAUGCAAUGGACACAAAUGCAAGACGUAAUGGUGUACCAAGAUUAGACGAAUCCCAAGAUGUAAAUGCGUUGUUUUUCAGUCAGAAUGAAACACAUACGACAGUAAUGAUUCAACGUAAAACAAAUACAGGAGACAGAAGUGACACUGUAAUCACGGAUGGAGACAUGCACGUGAUUUGGGCAUAUGGAAAUUCCGAUAUCAAAAAUUCUCCAAGAAAGUCGCAUUAUCAUGGAAAAAAUAAAGGGUCAAUGACGAUAAACUUUUUAGUGGAUCCAAAAAGUGGUUCUUCAAUAGACUACAAGGGUUUUGUUGCUCUCAGUGCUGCUGUGGCGUUGGCGGUUAUUUUGUAUUCAAAAGUUAAAAGAUGAAGAGAAUGUAUAACGCCUCUUUACAACUUUUAUCCCUAAUUUUACCUGUAAAAGUUUGAUGUUAAUUUAAAUGCGCAGAGGCAAUCGUAAUGAUGUUUAUUGAUAAAGCUUUUCAGCAAAAAUGAAACUUUCUCGGGUUUAAAUGUAUUUCUCCUCGAAUAAAGCUUUGAAGACAUAAAAAUAUUGUAAAUUUGAUAUGUAGAU